GCGCGCUACUUGAACAUUUAAAUCCCAUUCCUGCACGGUCAAGCUUAAACGUACGUUGUAUUUGGACAUAAGGUGGGCAGCGGAAUAAGGAAUACAUUUGGGGUCCAAAAUGCCAACUAAAAAUGUUGCCGAAGAAAGGAUGACAAAAUUCAAAAACAAAGGCAAGGAGCCUUCGAAACUCCGAGAGCGUAGGAUUGCUGUUUGCGUAGAACUGCGAAAAACACAAAGAACCGAGAACAUACUGAAGAAGCGAAAUAUAUCCUCUCUACCAGAUGAAGUCCUUUCUCCGGAGUACAACACGGAUGAUCAGGAGGUAAUUCUUUCGACCAUCGAGGACAUUAUCAGCAACAUCCACGGCAAAUCCAAAGAAGAGCAAACACGAGGGUGCCAAGCAGCCAGGAAGCUGCUCUCUCGGGAGAGGAACCCACCUCUCAAGGCGAUCAUUGAUGCCGGAUUGCUCGUAUGCUUCGUGGAGUUCCUGGGACGAGAUGAUGACACCACUCUGCAGUUUGAGGCGGCCUGGGCCCUCACUAACAUUGCUUCGGGCACCUCCUGGCACACUCAGCAGGUGGUGGAGCAUGGUGCUGUGCCCGCCUUCAUCAGUCUCCUGGCAUCUCCCCUCCUGCACAUCAGUGAGCAGGCCAUCUGGGCCUUGGGGAACAUUGCUGGUGAUGGCCCAGCAUAUCGAGAUGCAUUGAUUGACUGUGGUGUUAUCCCUGCACUGCUGGCACGGCUAACUCCUGAUGCUCCUGUAGGUUACCUCCGAAACCUGACGUGGACACUGUCAAACCUGUGCAGGAACAAGAACCCCUUUCCUGCUCUGUCUGCAGUCCAGCAGAUCCUGCCUUCCUUGAUCCAGCUUCUGCAUUUUGCUGAUAAAGAUAUCCUUUCUGAUGCCUGCUGGGCGACCUCCUACCUCACAGAUGGCUCCAACGAUCGCAUUGACAUUGUGGUCAAAACUGGCAUUGUGCCCCGCCUAGUAGCUCUCAUGGGAUUUGAGGAGCUUUCUGUUGUGACCCCAGCGCUGCGAUCCAUUGGCAAUAUCGUGAGUGGCUCUGACUACCAGACCCAGGUGGCCAUCGAUGCAGGUGUGCUGUCUGCCCUUCCACGACUCCUGCGGCAUCACAAGCCCAGCGUGCAGAAGGAGGCAGCAUGGGCCGUGUCUAAUAUCGCAGCUGGGCCUUGCAUACAAAUCCAGCAGCUCAUCACCUGUGGUCUGCUGCCUCCGCUCAUAGACCUGCUUAAGAAUGGCGACUUCAAGACCCAGCGAGAGGCAGUAUGGGCCAUCACAAACUACACCACUGGAGGCACAGUGGAUCAGGUGGUACAGCUGGUCCAGAGUGGGGGUCUGGAAGCCAUCCUAAAUCUGUUACAGGUGAAAGACUGCAAGACCAUCCUGGUUAUCCUGGAUGCCAUCAAUAACAUCUUUCUGGCUGCUGCCAAGCUGGGAGAGACUGAGAAGCUCUGUCUCCUGGUGGAGGAGUUUGGAGGACUGGACCGGAUUGAGCUCCUGCAGAACCACGAGAAUGAUUCUGUGUACCAGGCUGCCCAGGCCCUCAUUGAGAAGUAUUUCAGUGAGGAGGCGGAUGAUGAAUGUCUGAAGACUGAAACCACAGAGAAGGACUUCAUUUUCAAACCACCUGAAGUUGAGAAGCAGUUUGACUUCUAAUGCCCAUAAGCUCCUUAGUUUUGUAUGCUGUGGAUCUAAAGUAAACCCUGAAAUGUGUGUAUAUGAAAUUAAUGUGUAACUUGUAUAUAAACUAAACAUUUAAUAAAGUAUUUUGCAGUUGA